UAUUAACGAUCGAUUGCGUGCGAUUUAUUCUUCCAAACUCGUCGGUGCCGCCGCCGCCUUCGACUCUCAGCUGUCUCGCCGCCCUCUGCUCAUCAUCCGAGAGGGAUCGAUCAAAUUUUCCCCACAAUUCUUUGGUAUUUAUCUUCGUUGAUAGAUAUUCCGUGGGUAAUUACAAGGGCGAGUGCGGUCCAGAGACCUUUAAGAUGCGUCGAUUCGCCACGGAAAGAGCCAAAAGGCUGCUAGUUGGUUCCUUCCGCUCUUCUCCUCCUAUGUUUUCCGUGCCCCUUUGUUCCUCCGCAUCCGCAGCAGCCGCCGCCAUGGAUUCUGCCGCAAGUCCUGUCGCUCUCGACACGAUCAACCAGAAGGUUUUAAAAUGUGAAUAUGCUGUCCGUGGUGAGAUUGUUACCCAUGCACAGCGUUUGCAACAAGAGCUGCAAAGCAAGCCAGGGUCUCAUCCCUUCGAGGAGAUACUGUACUGCAAUAUUGGGAAUCCUCAGUCUCUUGGUCAGCAGCCCAUCACCUUUUUCCGUGAGGUUCUUGCGUUGUGUGACCAUCCACCUCUUCUGGACAAAAGUGAAACCCAUGCCUUGUUUAGUGCCGAUGCAAUAGCAAGAGCAUGGCAGAUUCUCGAUGCGAUACCUGGUGGGGCUACAGGAGCUUACAGCCAUAGCCAGGGUAUUAAAGGAUUACGGGAUACAAUUGCUGAUGGAAUAGCUGCUCGUGAUGGUUUUCCUGCCAAUCCAGAUGAUAUUUUCCUUACAGAUGGAGCAAGCCCAGGAGUGCACAUGAUGAUGCAGUUGUUAAUAAGAUCUGAGAAAGAUGGCAUUCUCUGCCCCAUUCCUCAAUACCCUUUGUAUUCUGCAUCCAUUGCUCUUCAUGGUGGCUCUCUUGUUCCGUACUACCUCAAUGAAUCUACAGGAUGGGGCUUGGAGAUUUCAGAGCUACAAAAACAGUUGGAAGAUGCUCGAUCCAAGGGCAUCACUGUUAGGUCAUUGGUUGUGAUAAAUCCAGGCAAUCCCACCGGACAGGUUCUUGCAGAAGAAAACCAAAAGGAAAUAGUUGAGUUUUGCAAGAAUGAAAGGCUGGUUCUUCUGGCAGAUGAGGUAUAUCAAGAAAAUAUAUAUGUUGAUGACAAGAAAUUUAACUCAUUCAAGAAGAUUGCAAGAUCCAUGGGUUAUGGCGAUGAGGAUCUUCCUUUAGUAUCAUUUCAGUCAGUUUCUAAAGGUUACUAUGGAGAAUGUGGAAAAAGGGGAGGAUACAUGGAGGUAACUGGCUUCAGCGCUGAAGUUAGAGAACAAAUUUACAAAGUGGCAUCUGUAAAUCUUUGUUCCAACAUCUCUGGCCAAAUUCUUGCAAGCCUUGUCAUGAAUCCACCGAAGGUUGGAGAUGAAUCAUAUGAAUCCUUCGAUGCAGAGAAAACUGGGAUUCUUUCGUCCUUAGCCAGACGCGCGAAGGCUUUGGAAGAUGCAUUUAAUGGUUUGGAGGAAGUAACAUGCAACAAGGCCGAGGGAGCAAUGUAUCUUUUCCCGCGACUGCACCUACCAAAGAAGGCAAUCGAAGCGGCCAAAGCAGUUAAAGCAGCACCGGACGCAUUCUAUGCUCGCCGCCUUCUUGAUGCUACCGGUAUUGUUGUUGUUCCUGGAUCCGGCUUCGGACAGGUCCCCGGAACCUGGCACGUUAGAUGCACAAUCCUGCCGCACGAGGAUAAGAUCCCUGCCAUCAUCUCCAGGCUCAAGGCAUUCCAUGAAGCUUUCAUGGAAGAGUUCCGUGAUUAAACAAUCCUGCAAUGUUAAGCUGCCAUGCCCCACAAUUUUUGAAGAAGCUUUCUCAUGGGUUUUUUUUUGCAUCAUCACCCGACUAAAAUAAAAUAUGAGUUUCUGGGGGGAUUGUGGCUGAGAAAACACAGCGAUAGAGGUCAUCUAUCGUGCUGGUCGCGUUGGUGGUGGCCUUUGCCUUUUUGACUCUUCUGUUUGAUUUAAGGGCUAUCUAUCAUUAAGGGAAGACUAAUUUGUGAAAUCCUUUACAUUUAUGUUUUAAGUGAAACUAGUCUUCAAAAUACAAGAGAAUAACAUGUAAUAAGAACAGGAGUUCAUGAUUUAUAAUUGCAAUUUGCAGCUCUUUUUUUGUUG